AUGGCAGGAUUGCCCACCACCGCUGAGGCAGCAGGCAGGGCCAAUAGCUCAGAGAAGCACAAUCGCUUGGAGGGUGCUGCAGACUUCACCGACAGAUAUGCCAGGAUAGAAGGGGUGCAAGAUGACGUCCAGCCGAUCACGAGAUUCCAGGACGUUCGUUCAAUUUGCAAGUCUUGCGUUCGGCUCUCACCGCUUUUCGCUCCAUCAGCCUUGUGUCCCGACUCAACCCAUCACUGGCCAGAAGUAGCUAAAACCUUUUUUGACGAGGGGUACGAGUACGUGGCUGGUAUCACUGUGUGCAAGUACACGUCGAUCUUUGCAGAGGACUUUGACUCUCCUUUUCGGAAGGCGAUCCGAAAAGAGCUCUUGGCGGCGGGCUACACAGAGCCGACUCCUAUUCAGGCUUAUGGGUGGCCUUUGCUGCUUAGUGGCCGCGAUUGCAUUGCCAUCGCGAAGACUGGCUCGGGCAAGACUUUGGCCUUCCUGCUGCCAGCGCUUCACAACAUUCACAGUUGGCUCCAGGAAGCGGGCCCGGGUGCUGACGGUGCUGGUCCGCUUGCAUUGGUGGCCGUGGGCUUUGUGCUGCUGCUUUCAUCGAAUGUUGUGAAACGCUUCUGCGCAUGUCGAUAUUCCAAUUCCGCAUACAUCGGGCCCGCUUGCAUCGAUGUGCAAGCCCUGCAACAUGCCAAAGAGUUCUCAGUCCCUGUCCGGUCAGUCCUCAGUCCCUCACCCCCCGACAGACCACCCUCUCCAAAACACCGAACCCACCGGCGAUUGCGGCUUCAACCUCUCAACCAAAGACGAAAAACAACACAUGCCAAAGAUCCGCAGAGCUGGCGUUUCUGGCGUGUUGUUGCUCUGCGUAUUGCUUCAAGCACCCCUGUCUGA